AAGAUGAAGACACCGGAAGCGACAAAAGAAGACGUCAAGAAGAUGAAGACACCGGAAGCGACAAAAGAAGACGUAAAGAAGAUGAAGACACCGGAAGCGACAAAAGAAGACGUCAAGAAGAUGAAGACACCGGAAGCGACAAAAGAAGACGUCAAGAAGAUGAAGACACCGGAAGCGACAAAAGAAGACGUCAAGAAGAUGAAGACACCGGAAGCGACAAAAGAAGACGUAAAGAAGAUGAAUAUACCGGAAGCGACAAAAGAAGACGUCAAGAAGAUGAAGAUACCGGAAGCGACAAAAGAAGACGUCAAGAAGAUGAAGAUACCGGAAGCGACAAAAGAAGACGUCAAGAAGAUGAAGAUACCGGAAGGGACAAAAGAAGACGUCAAGAAGAUGAAGACACCGGAAGCGACAAAAGAAGACGUAAAGAAGAUGAAGAUACCGGAAGCGACAAAAGAAGACGUCAAAAAGAUAAAGAUACCGGAAGCGACAAAAGAAGACAAUACAGAUAAUUUAACACAUACAGAAAACAUAGCUCAACACAUACAGAAUACAGAUAAUUUAACACAUACAGAAAACAUAGCUCAACACAUACAGAAUACAGAUAAUUUAACACAUACAGAAAACAUAGCUCAACACGUACAGAAUACAGAUAAUUUAACACAUACAGAAAACAUAGCUCAACACAUACAGAAUACAGAUAAUUUAACACAUACAGAAAACAUAGCUCAACACAUACAGAAUACAGAUAAUUUAACACAUACAGAAAACAUAGCUCAACACAUACAGAAUACAGAUAAUUUAACACAUACAGAAAACAUAGCUCAACACAUACAGAAUACAUAG